AUGCAUCUGCAGGUUGGGAUAUGUCAAGUGUUGAUUUGGCUGAUAGUGCUGCAGUUAGUUCUGUGUCGGGAGCAGUGUUGUGUGAAGCUGGAAAAGAAGAUGCGCCGAGUCAUUAAAGAGACUUGUUCUUGCAAGAGGAAGUUGGAGUGUCCUUUCGGCUUCAUACGAUUCAAAGGCGUUUGCUACUGGUUCAUCAUGGGGGAUUACGAAGUUAGAGACUGGUGGCGGGCUCGGAAUAUCUGCAGAAACCAUGGCGGAAACCUGGUCACAGUCAACGACAAGCGUCGGGAAGUCUUCAUUCAUAAUUACCUCAAAGCAAAUUUUCAAAAUAUAGGCAGCCCUGUCAAGAUAUUUACUGGACUCAUCUACACCGACGACGAAGCAGAAAAUCCGUACGUCGUCCUCCAUCGCGAGUCAAGUGCAGUGGGUAAUCAAGUGCGAUGGUCCAGCAACAAGGAAUUCGUCAACUGGCCAGUCAACGUAACUACACCUAUAGGUAAUCGCGCCAAGUGGUCACCAGAUAUCCAAGGCGAGGUACACGGCCCUGGCAGUCAAUUAUAUUUGUCCUGUGUAGUCCUUAUCUGGGAUCCUCGGGCCAGAAGCAAACUGACCUGGCGAUUCAACGAUUGUGGGGAGAAAAACUUGACUCUUAUCUGCGAGGUCAGGCUUGGAGAACCUAAGUCUGCCAGGCUCCAAACGCUCACCCUCCUCGCACUACAGUGA